AUGCUGGAGAAACGAUUGAUUCGAAACCCUGGGCUGCAAACCCAGUACGUAAAUUUCAUCCGGGAAUAUGAGUCUUUAGGUCAUUGUCGUGAGGUAGCCGAGUCGGAGGACGUACCAAACCAACAAGUGUAUUACCUCCCGCACCAUGCAGUACUGCGACCGUCCAGCUCGAGCACGAAAUGCCGUGUCGUGUUCGACGCAAGCGCAAAAUCUUCACCAUUGGAACUUUCCCUUAAUGAUGUACUUCAGAUCGGCCCAGUAGUACAAAACGACUUAUACCAUAUUGUGCUACGAUUCCGUACGUUUAGAGUGGCCUUAACCGCAAAAAUUUCGAAAAUGUACCGCCAGAUACUCGCAGCUCCAUUGGACCCUCGAUUUUUGAGAGUUUUCUGGAGAGAAAAGCCGUCGUUACCUUUGCGCGUGUUGGAAUUGUGCACUGUCACAUACGGCACUACCUCGGCACCGUACCAAGCAACAAGAUGUUUACUGCAACUUGCCGAAGAGGACGGUAGAGAAUUUCCUAUUGCUACGCGCAUAGUAAAGGAAGAGACGUACAUGGAUGAUGUACUCUCGGGUGCAGACUCAGUGGAACAGGCCCUUGAGGCGCAGAACCAGCUGAGGCAGCUUGUUCACCAGGGAGGCUUCCCUAUACAUAAGUGGUGCUCCAACUCGCAAGAGUUCCUCGAGCACAUACCGGUCGAUGAGCAGGAGAAAAUGGAUGCUUCCGAAAACCGUGGUGUGAAUUCAGUUAUUAAAGUGCUCGGAUUGCGUUGGAAUCCUACCACAGAUACACUUUCCAUCGCAAAUCAUACGAAUCCAUCGGUCCCAAAAUUGUUGACGAAACGAAUACUGUAUUCAGAAAUCGCUAAGUUCUUUGAUCCCCUAGGUUUGGUGUCACCGGUAAUAGUGAAGGCUAAACUUCUAGCGCAGCAACAGUGGCAAGCUAAGAUUGGAUAG